UCUUCAACCCCCGAUAUUAGCAAUGUCUUCAUACUUCUCCGGAGCAACUUCAGGAAGCAGCUCCUACACACAUUCCAUGAGCAGCGGUGAUUCAGAUUGGUCCCAUCCGAGGUUAGCUCCAAUGGGCAUCUUCCUCAUAUCCCUUUCCCUGUCUCCCCGUUCCCUCUGAUUGAUUGUGUACAUUGAGAGAGGCUCACCUUGUACCUUAGUAUCAUUCCUCGUCAGCCACCAAUCUACGGGACGUCAACUGAAGGUCCCGUGAUUUAUCACCAAAGCGCAAAACCAUUCUCCCCCCCAGCCCGGAUGGAUACAGGACCCGUCGAGACCCAAAUUGCUUCUUCUCGGCCCCCGAAGCUUGUGUCAUCAGAUUUUGACUUUUCCAUGCCCCAGGGCGCCAUUCCGGUAUCCUCAAUCUCCCCUGGGAAUAUCACGGUAUCUCCAAGGGGACCGCUGCCACACCCAUCGGCUGUGUACCGCGAGUUCAAACACCCUGCGCACCUCCCGGUUGAUUCUCUGAGGCGGGACUAUGAUUACGUGCAGCCCCUGGAGAAUGCGGAAUAUCUGAUCGAAAGGAAAGGCCGUCGUGCAAGCGACAAGUACAAAAACAACGUUCGACAUCAUUCCCAGAGACGCCCGGCGAACCGGGACGAGUUUGAUGGGCCUCAUCAGUUUUUAGAAGCCCCGUCACCCCGCAUGGUCGCAGAUCAAGGGCGGGAUCUACCUCAUCUUCCUACUAAUCUUGAUGUCUCAGAGCAAGAUCGAAUCCUGGCUUCUGUAAAUGAUCGCCUCUCUCAAUGUGCCUUUGACUUUGUUGCAAAGUACCGAUUUCCCAUUCCAUUGGAGCCAGACAAGAGACAGGUGAGGGUUCCAUCGGACCGUGAAUGGACUGAAUGGGUAUACCUCCUACGGAGACUAGCUACGAAGCGCCGUAUCCCCGCCAGGGUUUUGUAUAAUUGCCAGAUUAAACAACUGGUUACGGUGUUGGAGAAUUCUCUUGAAAUGAGACAUGCCGCUAAGCAUCAGUCUCGCCCCAUUAAGGAUGACCGAAAUGUCCUCCAGCUUAUAUCUGCCGGUACGCAGGUGGCUAAAAUUCUCAAGGAUGCCAGUGCCAUGGAGUACCUUGAUCGUCUGUACCUUGACACGGAGAAACGCAUCCAGGACCGUCGUAACCGUCGGGUCAAGUUUGCCACCCCUUGAAGGGGAGAUGGCUUUAUUUUUUUUAUUUUUUUUCCCGUUGAUUUUGACACUCCCUGAGGAAGAUGAUGCCUCUUCAAGCAUGGCUAAUAUUUAUCCUACGACCCAACCAUUAAUUGGAUUCCUUCUCGUCCCACACUAUUAUGGGGUAUAUCCAAAUUAUCCCAGGUAUAUCCACUUCCAGGAAGGAAUUUUAUCCACGGAGCGCACAUAUAUAUUGCUAUGCCUUUGGUUAUACGGAUCCGCGUCCCGCAAUUAAUUGGAAUAUAAGUCCCCAGGUGUCUUCCCCCAGGAUCUAUCUCUAAGUUGGGGAGCCCUCCCCGUGGUCCCGG